CUUGCUUCAAUUGCACAAGUUAGUUUCAUACUGCAAUUCACCAGGGUGCAGUUGAUUUUCUUCAUAGAUAUUUCAGACUUAUUUACGUUCCAGACAUAUAAGAGUUGGACUCUCGGGAUUCUGCAACUAAAGACUAGAACUCCAGCGGCCCAGCCCAACAUAAGCAUCAAGCGCAUUCUUUCGACAUGCCGCCCACUCUCAUUCUCGUUCGCCAUGCCCAGGCACUGCACAAUGUAAACAAGGACUACGACAUCCCCGAUCCGGAUCUCUCCGUUUUGGGCUUGCAACAACUCGAGGCCCUGAGGAAAAGUCUCAUGGAGAAUUCUCUAGCUCAGAACGCAGGACUCAUCAUAACGAGCCCCAUGCGCCGGACCAUCCAGACCGCCUUGGGAUCGGUCGACUGGCUGAUGGACAAGGGAAUCAAGUUGGAGGCUGAUGCCAAUUGGCAAGAAAAUUCGGCCAAACCCUGCGACACAGGAACCCCAGCCCCUCUGCUAGGCGCCGAGUUUCCCUCCGUCGACCUCUCAUCCCUGGACCCCAUCUACCCAGACAAGACCACUCCCGCCGGCGCGCGCUACUCCUACACCAAAAAAGCCAUUCUGAACCGCAGCCAGACUGCGCUGAAGCGCUUAUAUGAUCGCCCGGAAAAGGUCAUCAUCGUCGUCUCACACUCGGGAUUCCUGAGAUUGGGUGUCUCGGGCUGCUGCUUCUUCAACGCCGAUUACCGUAUCUUUGACUUUUCGGAGAGAAAUAGCCCGGAAGACGCGUACAAGUUGGCGCAGAGACAGGAAACGGAGGAAAAGGGUGGUGGGUUGGGCUGGAGUUUGAAGAAGGAGGUGAUGCUGGGAAGUGACUUGCCAGACGAGAUGCCGGAGAUCGAUGCCUGAAACCCCAAGAUAGAGACGAGUGUCACGAUAUUUCUCGGCAGCGUGUCCAGGCUUCGAAUCCGAGUAAUAUCGGCGUACUAAAUGAUGAUCUGAUGAGUGGUUGUAUUCCAAACAAGUGAGCAAGCGGCCGUAGACUUCAAGAUAUAGACUUCACGGUAGAUUCUAGAAUUUGCUUCCCUAUACUUUCUGA